AUGAAAUAUCUGGGCCUCACCCUGGACAGCACUUGGUGCUUCAAGAAACAUAUAGGCCGCCUGGUCCCCCGACUCAAGUCAAUCUCGGCGAGAUUGGGCAGACUUAUGUCCAACAUCGGGGGACCGGGGCAAAAGGCCCGUCGCCUCCACGUGGGAGUGUUAAACUCGGUCGCGCUCUAUGGAGCGCCAGUAUGGGCCGAGGCCCUGGCCGUCAACCGACAAAUGGGCGCGCAGUUGCGCAAAGCGCAUAGAGUGUUGGCGGUCAGGGUCAUCAGAUGGUAUAAAACUAUAUCCCACGUGGCGGCGACGGCUCUGGCGAGCAUGCCCCCCCUGGAGCUCCAGACAUUAAUAUACAAGAGAAUAUGGCAAAGGAUGCUGGUGCACGCCAGGUACGGGAGGAGGGUCGUCGAGGCUGUCCAGCCCUGCCUACACGAGUGGAUGGGCAGGAAUUUCGGAACCCUGACGUUCAGGCUGACACAGGUGCUCACCGGGCACGGAUGCUUCGGUGAGUACCUUUGUCGAAUAGGGAAAGAGCCCACGACGAGAUGUCACCACUGUGACUACGACCACGACUCCGCGCAACACACAGUCCAAGACUGCCCGGCAUGGGCAGUGGAGCGCGGAGCCGUGGUCGGGGAACUGGGCCAGGAUCUCUCAUUCCCAACGGUGGUGAGGGCCAUGUUGAAAGUCCUCUUAUUCAGACCCUUUCAAAAUACUAUAAUUAUAUUCACUUUGGGUCAGCCGUUUCAAGGUUAUCGAGGUUUUUAUGAUAAGAUGUCUAGCCAACUAAGGUAA